AUGUUGUGUUAUUAUUUUGUUCUUCAUUCGCUUCACGUAGGAUUAUUUCCUGCGAUAACACUUCCGGUUGUUAGACCAUGUGCCUUCAAAAUAUUCAAGGGCAAGAACAAGAAAAGCAACAAUCGUGUCUCACCAGAUCCAUCCAUAUCGACCACCGUCGAAGGAAAGAAAGAAAGUGAAGAAGGAGAUGUGGAUGUCAACUUCUGCGAAUGCCGUAAAAGCCUAACCCCAGUAAACCUAUCUGAAUAUUCAGAGACCACAUCAGAGUAUCACAGCAGCUACGGCAGCUACGGCAGUAACCACACAAGCCUACGUAGCUACGCGAGAUCUGUAUCAAACAGCGAUUCAGCCUACGAUUCUACGCGCAGCAGCCCCGCCCAAACGAGGCCUGCGUACUAUGCUACAGUCACAUACUUAAAUGUCAAUGACUCAGAGGAUAGUUCGAGUAUACACACAGAGUAUACAAUGCUAGAUUACGAAGAUACUGAGGAUGAAGAUGCACAGAACAUGAUUAACGAAAGCAUUGAACACGGUGCCUUAUGA